AUGCCUUUCCAUACAGAGCAGCACGAGUAUGCCAUCCAACAUGUCCGUGACAAUCGAACAGAGGAAGCAGGCCAGCAGCCACCUUACGAUCUCGUCUGCAUCGGAUUUGGCACAACAUCUCUGCCCAUCGCAGCGGUUCUGGCGGACAAGGACAUCACCGCACGUGUGCUGUUUGUUGAAAGGGAGAAGUGUUUCACCUGGAGACCAGAGAGUCUCCUGCCUGAUAAACCAGUUGGGACAAGCUUUCUCCGCGAUCUGACGACGACGCAAAAUCCCCGCUCCGAGUUUACCUUUAUGAACUACCUGCAUGCGACGGGACAACUAGUUGACUAUGCGAACAACUCGAGGCUGGCGCCCUCAAGACGACUGAUGGGCCAUUAUUUCCGUUGGGCUGCGAACAUUAUUCAGAAGCGGGAUUGGGUUCAGUAUGGACAGGAGGCCGUCCGUGUGACACCAGUAGAGAUUGGUCGGCGAGUAGCCGAAUGGGCGAUCCGAACUCGGAAUACCACGACGGGCGCGAUGACAGAGAUUCAAGCCAAAAGGGUGAUAAUCGCAACCGGAGCCAAGCCACAUGUUCCGGCAGCGUUGGCAGCGCCUCAGUUGAAGCCGCUGGUGGUCCAUGCCAGCGCCUGCGCCGAUGUCCUCGCAAAAGUGACCGAUAGCAAGCUCAACAUCGCCGUUGUUGGAGCAGACCAGGACGCCGCCGAAGUUUUCGAAGAUCUAAACAAGCGGAGAGGACAGCACACAGCUACUCUGUUCGUCGCCGAUUCGGCUCUACGACCUGAAGGCAACGCGCUCGAGAAGGACGAAUCGCAGCCCAGCAUUUUUCCAGCCGAGCUUCGUCAACGUCUCCAGUCGGGAGGGGGGCCCUCAUCAACAGUCAGCCUAGCGGUGCUUGAGAGUCUCUAUCUGGCGAGGUACACGCAGCAAAUUGCAGAGCCAGAUGCCAGCAAAUGGCGCUUCCAGAUGAGGACUCUCAGCGAGGUACUGGAUGCCAAGCAAGAGGAGGGUCGACUUCGUUUGGUGGUCCAAAAUCCGAGGACAGGUGAGAUGUCCAUGUCGGAUCAGACAUUCGACAUUGUCAUCGUGGCAACGGGAUACAACUUUGUGGUCGACAAGCAACUCGUCGCGCCCAUCAUCUCUAUGCUCGACGGCGGAGCAAUGUCAGUGGAUCGUGACUAUCGUGUCAAUUUUCGGAGGAACACUUUGGCGCAGGAGUGUGGCAUGUGGAUGCUAGGCUCGCUUGGGGAUGCUGAGCAGCGCGGCGACGACUUCAGCCACAUGGCCGAGCGCAGUAAUUGCGUCGCCAAAAGCGUGCUGAAGCAAAUGGCCGGUGACGCAAGCAAGCCCGAGCAGCGGUUCGAGCAGGCGGUGUUGUAG